GGAUCAAAAUGUUCAAAUUGUGCUUAAUGUCAGAAAGAUAAAUUGGAAUAACUCAAUGAAGUCACCAUAACUAAAAAAUCUGAAAGCCAUAAAAAUGUUAUUUCUUCAAAUUCUUAAUUAUCUUAAUAAAAUAAUGGCCAUCUCCGUAAAGUUUAUACGAUCUUAAUCAUAAUAGUAAAAAUCAAAUUAAAGUCAUGAUGAUACUGAUAAGAAAGCUAAGGCAUUAUUGCAUUCUAAAAAGGCUAUUGUCAUAUAAAAGUAUUGGAAGGGAUAUAAAUCAAGGAUAGCCUAUUAACAGGCCAGAAUGUAUUUAAAAAAGUCUAAAAUUGAAUAAGCUAUAACAGAAAGUAAAAGCAAAAGAAACACCUAGAAAUAUUUUAUAUAAGAGGAGUAUGCAUGUAAUGUUAUAUAUAAAUAGCAAGCAAAAAUAAAGUUUGAAUCUCAAUAAAGAGAAUAUCGAUCAAAAUACGAAUUCAAGAGUGGGUCUACUUAUGAAGGAGAAUGGUUGGGUGAUUAACGAGAUGGUUAGGGAAUUUAAAUUUGGGUGGAUGGAGCCAAAUACAUAGGUUAAUGGAAGAAUAAUUAAGCCUGUGGAUAAGGAACCUUUUAUCAUAUCGAUGGAGCUAUUUAUGAAGGACAAUGGGAGAAUGAUAGAGCCAAUGGAUUUGGAAUUUACAAACAAUCAAAUGGAGUUGUUUACUCAGGAUAAUGGAAAAAUGAUUAUCAACAUGGGUAAGGUCAGGAACAAUGUAUUUUAAUUACCUAACAUAUUUAGGGAUUGAUAAUUCUAUGUAUUAGGGAGAAUAUUUUUAAGGCAAGAAAUAAGGAUAAGGAACUUAUAAGUGGCCAGAUGGAAGUUACUUCGAAGGAGAGUGGUUUGAUAAUAAGAUAAAUGGUUAUGUAUAAGUACAAUUGAAAAUAGGGAGUUUAUGUUUGGGCUGAUGGAAGAAAGUAUAAGGGAAUAUGGAAGGAUAAUAAGAUGCAUGGUUAUGGUGUAUAUUAAUGGGCGGAUGGAAGAUCAUAUCAUGGUGAAUAUUUCAAUGACAAAAAACAUGGAAAAGGAAAAUACUUUUGGCCGGAUGGGAAAGUAUUUGAAGGAGAAUGGCUGGAAGGGAAAUAGAAUGGCAGAGGGAAGUACCUAAUGCCAGAUGGAAGAGUUAAAUUUGGAUGGUGGGAGAAAGGCAAACGAAUAAAUCUUGAUGGAAAAUUUGAAUGA